AUGAAGGACACCAUCGGCCCACUCGAUGGCGUGACUUUACGGGAGGCUGUGGAGGCAGCGCGGCCGGCCAAGCUUCCCUCGUCUCAGCUGCCAUGCCAUGCGCUCCUCCGCUGGACAGAGGAGCUGCGCUCUCAGCUGCAGAUUGGGUCCUUGGCAGCCAGUGCCCCGUUCCUGCGAGAUGUGUGGGCCAAGAAGCGUAUUAGCAAACUGUACUUUGUCCCUGGGAGGACGCUGGGCCCCUUGCUGGAUGCCGAAUGGACGCCAAGACCUCACCAAAUCCUCGAGCAAAAGAGCACCAAAGAGCUGUUUGAGGCAUGUGCUUCAAGCCAAGAGGAACAGUACUUCUACAGUGGCCUCGCGGAAGGCAUCUCCAGCUGGAUGCAUGCUGCUUGCUGGUAG